AUGACCGUGAUGGACCUUUUCGGACGCAUCGGCCCCGUUUCCGCCCUUUCCCUUGUCUAUGACCGCGCUGGACGCUCCGAGGGUGUUGCCUACGUCACAUACCAACGCCUGGGCGACGCUCACGAGUCCAUCCGCGAAUUCGACGGUGCCAAUGCCAAGGGCCAACCCAUUCGCCUCUCCCUCGUGCCCGGCCGUCGUGCGGAACGAAACACUGAUCGCAACACCCUUUUCGACCGCGUAGAGCGCCCUGGCCGCGACGCGCGCAGCUUGAGCCCUGGUGGUGAUGAGGGCGCAGAUGGCUCCCGCCGUGGCCGUCGCAGUGACGUCUCCAAGCCCGCUCCUGAUGGAAUCGACCGCUACGUUCCUGGAACUCGCCAACGCUCGCCUCGUCGUGGUGGAGGUCGUCGGGGUGGCCGGGACAACCGUGAUAACCGGGGCCGCAACGAGAGAGGAGGUCGCCGCACUGGAGAGGGCCGUCCCCGCAAGACUCAGGAGGAAUUGGACCAGGAGAUGGAUGACUACUGGGGUGGAAACAAUGAUGCGACUGAGACUUCUGAGAAGCAACCCGAGACUGCUGCCACCCAACCGCAGGCUGCCACUGCCCCUGCUCCAGCUGCUGCGCCCGCUGCACCUGCUGCCGCAGACGAUGAUAUCGAUAUGAUCGAGUAA